CCCGCCCACGCCGGCGUUCUCACUGGGUUCCAAGGCCCCGCCCCCUUUGAGAGGUUUCCCCAUAAUCCAGCGCGGCAAGCCGCCGGCGCGUUAAGAUGGCGACUCCCAUGCAUCGGCUGAUAGCCCGGAGACAAGCUGAAGCAAAUAAGCAACAUGUAAGAUGUCAGAAAUGCUUGGAAUUUGGACAUUGGACUUAUGAAUGUACAGGAAAAAGAAAAUACCUGCAUAGACCUUCAAGAACAGCAGAACUAAAGAAAGCUUUGAAAGAAAGAGAAAAUAGAUUAUUACAGCAAAGCCUUGGAGAAAAUAAUGUUGAAAGAAAAACCAAGAAAAAAAGGUCUAAGAGUGUAACCAGUUCCAGCAGUAAUAGCAGUGAUAGUUCAGCCAGUGACUCUUCAUCAGAAAGUGAAGAAACGUCUACCUCAUCCUCCUCCGAGGACAGUGACACUGAUGAGAGCUCCUCCAGUUCAUCAUCUUCAGCCUCCUCCUCAAGCUCUUCCUCCUCUUCUGAUUCGGACUCAGAUUCUAGCUCUUCCAGCAGCAGCAGCAGCAGCAGCAGCAGCAGCAGCACAGAUAGCAGCUCUGAGGAUGAACCACCAAAGAAGAAGGAAAAGAAGUAGAACUGUUGCAUCUGUGUUGGACUGAUGGACUGAAAACAUUAAUGUGAUUCUCAAAAGGGAAUUAGAAGAUAGUAUGGCCAAGUAGGUUAAUUGGUCAAUAUUUCUAGAGUUCAACACUUUAAAUGUUUUACAUUGUAAGAGCAUAAAGAGUAUAAUGGAUAACAUAUACAUAUAUAAACUUUUUUUACUUUAAAGGUAAAUCUUGUCUUUCAUUUUUACCUCUAAAAUAUAUCUCUAGAAUUUAAUCAAAACGGAGGAGGUUCAGUAACUCUUUGUCUUUGUGAUGAAAGUUUUUAUUUUUCUCCCUGUGAAAUAAAUGUCAUACUUUGUUAUAAGCUAGUGGUAUGUACCAGAUAUGUUUUCAGAAUAAUGCAUUCAGACUAUCUAGCAGUGAAUUUGUAAUGCUUUUGGCUCAGUGUUAUGUAAGAUUUAAUACAUUAUUACUAUAUCCCUAGAUGUUUUCUUAAUGUUAAUAAAUGUGCUUUAUUUUUAUGUCUAUGAUAAUAAAAUUAUUCUGAUUUCCUAAACAAAA